CCGCUGGUCGCAGUCAACAGCAACGACAGCGUCCCCCGCGCGCAAGCUUAGCACCUCUCGCUCAAGCAGCACGGGGCCCCUCGCCGCACUCCAUGGCAACAUCAACGCGCCACCCCCACAAUUGCCCUCGCUGCCGCCCAUGCUCCUGUCCGCCACCGUCUACGACCCGAAUUCGGCCAGCAGCGCAUCGACUGCACCCUCGCCCUCCACCGCGGGCUUGUUCACGCCCAGCGUCUUCAGUUCCGUCCAGUCCACCGACUACUUCAACUCGAAGCCCCGGACGCCCCGGACGCCCCUGACUGUGGCUGCCCAGCGGCCGCCGUCGCGCAGCAAGGUCGACAGGGCCCUUGGACGCUCGCCCCUGGGCUCGCCCGCCAUUCUUGGUGUUGGGGAGCCGGACGCAAGGCACAACCCCGGCGCUGGCGCUACACGAGCCCCCUCUGCAAGCCGACCCCCCGCUGCAUCAACGCGAGACACUGUCCAAACUCGCGCGCCGAGUGCGGGACACCGCCGAUCUGCCUCGAGGGACCACCAGAGGAGCGAGAGCAGGGACACGUACAGCAGGAGCGAAAGUAGGGGCCACUACAGGAGCACAAGCAGGGACCACAACAGGAGCGAGAGCACCAGCUCGAGGUUCGACGAUUCACACCACGACACACCUCCCCGCACGCGAGAGCGCAGGGAGAAGGACAAGAAGACCAUGCUAUCCAGGGCGUUGCAGAAGGCCAACACUGCAGUCUUGCUCGACAAUGCGCAGAACUUCGAGGGCGCCAUGGAGGCGUACGAGGACGCAUGCAGGCUCCUCCAGCAGGUCAUGAUCCGCAGCUCGCAGGACGAGGAUAGACGGAAACUGGACGCGAUUCGCGUGACAUACACCAACCGCAUCGAGGAGCUCCGUCGACUAGACCCAGGGUAUACAAACGGUACUGAAAAAUCAUUGCCCACGCGGCCGAUGAGCGGUGAAUCGCUCGACGAGCAGCGCUCAAUGCUGCUUGAGGAUGACGAGGACGACGAGGACGAAUCUGCCGUGAUCCAGACAGCGACCGUGACAAGAAUCGUCAACGACCGCUCUGCAGAACAUCUGCCCCUCAAAGACCCAACACCGCCCCCUUCUUCUUCCUACCAAUUACCCCUUCGAAAACCCGAGUUCGCAGGUCAACGCGAGUCCGUAAUUAGCACAGCUAUUCGUGAUGUCCAGAGAAACAUGCAGACUUCGCAAUUCCACCUACAGCCGCCGCCCGGGCGGUUAGCAGGAUCCACCCUACCGCUUGAAUCACCCAUGGACCGGUCGUACAUGCCUCCACCUUUAUCUCCCAAGCGGUCCAAGUCACCUUUGUUCAGCGCCACAUUGCCGAAAGAGCCGCUCGAGUCGCAGAAGUUACUCCAACCACAGCAACCAGCACAGUCCAGACACCAGCGCGCUCAUAGUAAUGAGUCGACUUCGUGGCUGGACACCAUCGAUGAGUCUGGAGGAUCUUCGUGCUCGUCUUCCGUACACUCGCUGUCCCCUGGUGGAGUCGGUCGAAAGCACAUUAGGAAUGCAAGCGGGGCGACGGAAGCCGAGUUCGAUGCUGCCCUCGAUGCCGCAGUCGAGGCUGCCUACUAUGAUGGUUUCGAACCGUUUGACGAUGAGAGUAUAGCACCGGACGAACUUGGUUCGACGAGAAUGAGGAGUACUGAGCUGGCGAAGGAGAGGGUACGGGAAGCCGAGCGGGAAGAAGCUAUUGCGGCAGCCAAAUAUCGAGUCAAAGAGACUCAGCUUCAGAAUGAGACAUUACCUCAUGUUCGGGAGAGCGCUGAGCUGAUGCUCAAUGACGAGGCUGAAGAGGAGGAGCGUCUGCUGGACGAGAUGACCAGAGAGUACAUGCUUGAUGGGUUCGAUUUCGAUCUACAGACGAAGUCUUCGUUGCCACGGCAGUCAGACUCAAGUGGCUUUUCCGCUUAUAACAGCUCAGUGUCCUCGCACAGGACUACCGGAGGAACUUCACUCUCAACAGUGGCAGAGGUCAUGCAGCCGCCAGCCUCCAAACCACUGCCGUUACACUCGCCUCCCCCGGUGCCUGCUCCUUCUGGUGCAUUGCCAGCUCUUCCACCUCCACCUCCACCAGGUGCACUACCUUCGGUCCCAGAACUUCAACCUGCACAACCCAUCGAUCCAGAGGCCACGCCACGACCCACUACCGCAACCAAAGAGGCUGCUUCUGUGAGGAGUCGGAGAUUAUCUGGACAGAACGCUAAAACGUUGAAAAUCGAAACAUCCCUACCGACGGUAGCUGCGCCGCCGCAUACGGAGAAACCUUCGGUGCCCGCGAAGAACUCACCCCUCGAUGCCCCGCUGAUGCCCAAGUCUGCAGCUGCAAUGCUGUUCAGCAGCACGCAACCCAGUCUAGAUCUGACUUUCAAAACACCAGCUCUGCCACAAGUGCCUCAACAGACAGGCCUUGCUGCUCCAUCACCACUGCCUGCACUUCAUAGUCCGGCUGACACGACUGCAACAAUAUCGCCUGCUACGCCCGCCUUGAGCCAUGCCAUCUCGAACGAAUCGGGUCUUGCACCGGGCUCACCAAAGUCCAAGCCAUCAGCCCUCGGCAUCAGGAAGAACAAAUCGUCAUUGAGUUUGAAGCAGAGAACGCUCUCCAUAUCAAGCCCAGACGGCUCGGAUGCCUCAAUCGGCACACCACUAAGUACGACGUUUUCUCUCACGGGUCGCAAGCCGAGUAUCGCAAACAUAGCGCCACUUCCUACACCCAGUCUUCCCGCGUUCAACGUCGAUGGACUGCCAAGUGGAGGAAUGCAUCUGUUCGAGAGCGACAUCCAUUCGCCGUUCUCGCCAGGCUCACCAAGCCCAGCCGUAGCAAAUGCCCCGAUACCCUUAGAGCCAUGCCCGGAUACGUACCUCCUACGACCGUUUUGGUUGAUGCGUUGCUUCUACCAGACUAUUGUGCAUCCUCGUGGCGGAUAUUUGUCGACCAAACUCUUCGUCCCGCGCGAUAUCUGGCGGGUGAAGGGCGUCAAGAUCAAGAAUGUCGAAGACAAGAUCGCCAACUGCGAUCUCCUCACCGCAGCGCUGCAGAAAAUGGCGUCCAUGGACACACUCGACGCAGAUGCUGUUCUCGAGGAGAUGCAAGCUUUUGAAGUCGUGCUUGACCAGGUCCAAGCACAGCUUGCGAAGAAGCUUGGAAACGAGGUCGGCGUGCAGAGCGUGUCGACGCUUUUCAAAGAUGCGACUUCUGUCGGUGACGGCACGGCUGGCGGAGAGGGUAUGAGGAAUAUGCACAGCUCGCAGGAUAACAGCACGAGCCGUGCUGUGGCGCAGGGAAAGAGCUACCUCACUUCGUGGCGCAAGCUGAGGAGCAAGAACUCAGGCGUGAACCUGGCUGGUAUGGCCGGUCCGAAGAUCAGCAACGGUGAUGUUCCAAAGGACUCAUUGAACAUGACGACGCUGCCCAUGACCAGCCUGCCAUCCAUCCGUUUCGUGAAGCGAGACACGUCGGGCCUGACAUUCGAGGGCCCGAACUCGGGCUACAUGAGCAGUUUGGCGCGGUUGUUCGAUUCGGCUCAAGUUCUCGACCAAAUCGCCCGCCAAGUCGAAGACCCCGGCCUCAAGCACUCGUCGCUCACACACGUCGGGCUUGAGCUGUCUUCACGCCACGCCGCUGAGUUCUUCGGGUUUUACAUUUGUCGCUUUGUGCUGACGGAUGUUACGAUGAUGCUUGAUAAGUUCAUCAAGAGGGGGAGCGAGUGGGUGCUGGUAUGAGCACGCGGUUAUUGUGCUCCAAGAGGCGCUCCGGAAUUUCAAUAUCAUGACAAGAUGGUCUAGAUGGGAUGGGGGUGAUGAGGGGAUCAUGGUUUGCUUACUUCGCAAAUGUUGUGCAUGUGCACUUGGGGGGCCUGCAUUGGCAUACAAGAGGUGUUUAUUGGUGUUCGGUGGUGUUGUACGAAGUCACGCGGUUUAUUUUCUUCACAAGUCUUCGCACCGUUCGUUUGAGAUAUCCCCGAUGAUAAGAGAUGGAAAGAGAG